AUGGCCCUGCGGGAAAGUUCGAGAAUACUCGUGAUGGGUAUUCGAGCUGUGAAGCGUUCGAGACGGCGCCAGCGCUGUGCCUUUGGUCGCAUUAUCCACGACUUCACGGCCAGGGACAUGUGUUGCGCAUGCGGGGGUGGUACGGACGCGAAGCAGGCUCUUGACAGCGAUAGCGUGCCGCGGCGGGCCAGAAGCAGGCCUGUUCUGGAGGAGCCUGCCACCGACACAGGUCACUCUACUGGAGCAGGCGUUGGGAGUCCCUUCAAUGCAGGUCCUGGUGCUUUUACAUCACGUCCGCCGCUGGAGGCAAUAGUGCUGGUCUUCGAGACAGAAGCCAUCACGCGGGCGGCGAACUUGGGACACGCGCAGUCGUACGUCUCACAGCUGGAGGAGGACGGAGUGCCCUUCCGCAUCAUUGGUGCCGACGAGCCUUACCUCGGCUGGGGGCACAAGUGGCACGCCCUGCAGCACGUGCUCGACAGGAUACCGCCAUCCACCGUGGUCGUCGUGUCCGACUCGCGGGACGUGCUGCUGAACGCGGGCUCGGCACCCGCUGCUGGUCGGCUGGUGGCUGCCUUCGAGAAGCUGGUCGCGGGGGCCCCGCCGGGCGCGGUGGUUGCGGGCGCGGAGGGCAGGUGCUGCGUCGCCGCCCUCACGAGCGUCCAGCCGGGCGGCUUCUUCGCCCCGGGCGGCAGCCGCGCGGCGCGGGCCUGCAGCUCCGGGCGGCCGGGCUGCCCGUGGGUGCGCAGCGGGACGCGCCCGUGGGAGAGGUUCAUGGGCGCGCUGGCGGCGGAGCGGGGCGCUGGCGGCGGAGAGGUCUUCCUGAAUGCGGGGCUCGUGGCCGGCAGGGCGGCGGACCUGGCCCGCUUGGUCCACCGCAUGAACAUCACGGUGGAGGAGGACGACCAGGCCGUGCUGUCGGAUCUCCUCUACCGCACGCCCGACAUGAUAGUAUUGGAUUACAACCAGACGCUCUUCGGCAGCUCGCGCUACUGGAUCGCCAUGGAGGAUGGUGGCUGCCCCUAUGUGCAGGCCUCUCCCACGACCGGGCUGGAGCACCUCGAGUACGGGACCCGACCCGUCUUCCUGCAUGGCGCUGCUCACUUCCAGGAAUGCCUCGAUUUCAUGGCCCAGCUACUCCGAGUGGCAGUGCUGGCGCCCACUCGUCGCAGCCUGCAGGAGCACCGGUGGGGGCGAUCUGAUGGGAAUGGAGAAGGAUACGGGCGAUCUGAUGGGAAUGGAGAUGGAUACGGGCUCACCUCGACAUCGAUGGGGAUGUCAGACUCGAGCACCAUCUCAAGCACCUCGGCUCGCACCGGCACCACGCUGACGGCCACGACCACACGCACCCCGAGGGCGUCGCCCCUGUGGAGUCUCCUCCUGGCGGCGGACGGGGCCACAGGGGACCACCUCGGGAGGUCGGUGUCUGUGAGCUCCAGCGGAUCCCUGGUGGUGGCGGGAGCCUGGUUGGACGACGACAGCGGCACCGACUCGGGCUCCGCAUAUGUCUUCGACGGGUACACCGGGGUGCAGCUGCACAAGCUGCUGGCGGGCGACGGGGCCGCCGACGGCGAGUUCGGCAGGUCGGUGUGCGUGAGCUCCGACGGGAGCUUCGUGGCGGUGGGGGCCCCGAACAGCGGGUCUGUGUACAUCUUCGACGGGGCAACUGGGGCGCAGGUGCACCAGCUGGUGGCGGACGAUGGGACCGACUUCGAUAUGUUCGGAAUAUCUGUAUCUAUGACCUCUGACGGGAGCCAUGUGUUGGUGGGGGCUUACCUGGACGACGACAGCGGCACCGACUCGGGUUCCGCUUACGUCUUCGACGGGUCCACGGGGGUGCAGCUUGUCAAGCUCCUGGCGGACGACGGGGCCGAUGACGACGGCUUCGGCAGGUCAGUGUCCAUGAGCUCUGACGGGGGCCUGGUGGUAGUGGGAGCCUGCAAAACCGAUUCCGGGUCUGCUUACGUCUUCAAUGGGCUCACUGGGAUGCAGCUGUUCAAGCUCUUGGCGGACGACGAAGUCAAUGGUCACUACUUCGGCUGCUCGGUGUCCGUGAGUUCUGACGCGAGCCGAGUGGUGGUAGGGGCAUACCAAGAUGAUGUCAGCGGUUCUCGCUCUGGGUCCGCGUACGUCUUCGAUGGGAACAGCGGGGUGCAGAUGUACAAGCUCUUGGCGGACGACGGGGCCGCCGACGACUACUUCGGCUUCUCGGUGUCCGUCAGCUCUGACGGCAGCCGGGUGGCGGUAGGGGCCCUGAAAGACGAUGCCAGAGGCUCCGUCUCUGGUUCCGCGUACGUCUUCGAUGGGAACACCGGCUCGCAGCUGCACAAGCUCGUGGCAGACGACGGGGCCGCCGGGGACCAGUUCGGCUUCUCCGUCUCCCUGAGCUCCGACGGGAGCCGCGUGGCCGUGGGGGCCGCCUUGGACGACGACCGCGGCUACGACGCUGGGUCCGUGUACGUCUGCUCUUUGACCACAGGCAACAGCACGUCGACCAGCACCCCGACAAUCACGAGCGCCACGGCGUCCAACGCCGCAGUUGGCACGCCGACGCUCACGACUGCAAGCUCCAGCACGCCGUCGACUUCGGACACCACACGCACGGCCUCGAGCACUCUUGCAGAGCCACCCGCCGUCGCCCCUACGUCGACGAGUCCGUCGAAAACUCCCGACGCCGGGACGACUGCGAGCACCAUCACCACCCUGGCCACCAUCACCACAUCUACGACCUUCACAGAGGAUCCGCUUGUCAGCACGAUCAGCGGAACCAUGACGCUCAUCGUCUCCGACCCUACGGCUUUCGUCGGCGACACGAGGAUCAUAGCAGCAGUGUCAGAGGGCAUCGCCAACGCGGUGAGGGUGCAGAACCACCAGGUGUCCGUGGCGCUGAGCGCUGACCGGCGGCUGGCCGUGCCCGCGGGCAGGGGGCUCGCGGCGGAGGCGGGCCCCGUGGAGGUCAGCUACGAGAUCACGGCCCCCGCAGGGCCGUCCAGUGCCUCGGGCACGUCCCGCUCGCACAUAGCCGCGGUGCUGACCGCCGACAACAUCACUUCUGUCAUGCAGGAGAGUCGCUCUCGUCCAGCCUGGACGUUCACGGCGUUAGCUACGACCUGA